CAAGGGGACACACUGAGAACUCAUCAAAUGAACUGUAGAGCAAAGGAAUCCUCUCUAGAGUGGACGUUCUGCAGCGUCCUCGUUCCCUGUAACGUCUCUAGAACAUGUAGGGAUCCUAGAGGGCACACUGGGCUUUAGGGAACAGGGUCAUAGAUGGCGUUUCUUUGUGAUCUCAGCAUCCUUGGCGAUGAGGUUCUCGGCGUUUGGCCUCGUAACGCCGAGAAGGCCGACGUGAACUGUGCUUGUGUUUCUCACGCCGGCAUCAACCUGGCGACCGGAGAUGACUUCGGCCUCAUCAAGCUCUUCGACUUCCCCUGUACCGACAAGUUCGCAAAACACAAGCGUUACUUCGGUCACUCUGCUCAUGUGACCAACAUUCGCUUCUCCUGCGAUGAUAAAUACGUCAUCAGCGCCGGCGGCAGCGACUGCAGGAACCUGGAGGAAACCUGA